AUGUCCAAUGCAGUCCAGCCGUUCAAACGCGCGGCAACGAACGGCAAAGACGAGGACAACGAUGCUCGACCAUAUGUCAUCGUGAGUGACAUCGGGAAGGGAAGUUUCGCGACAGUAUAUAAAGGCUACCACGAGGAGACACGCCAUCAAGUCGCUAUCAAGGCCGUCAAACGCGAUAGCCUGUCGUCCAAGUUGUUCGAGAACCUACAGAGCGAAAUACAGAUCCUCAAGUCGUUGUCGCACCGGCACGUUACCAAGUUGAUCGACAUUGUGCGCGCCGAGAAACAUAUCUACCUUAUCAUGGAGUACUGUGCGGGAGGAGACCUCACGAAUUACAUCAAGAAGCGGGGGCGCGUGGAGGGAUUGGAAUAUGUCCCAAGUCCAGGGGCCGCAUUGCAAUACUACCUACAUCCGCGGACAGGAGGGCUGGAUGAGAUCGCGGUUCGCAGCUUCCUCCGACAGUUGGCCCGUGCCCUCAAAUUUCUGCGGCAUCGAAAUCUCAUCCACCGUGAUAUCAAACCACAGAACCUACUCCUCAAUCCCGCAUCCCCUGAAGAGCUUGCAAAGGGCCACCCGCUGGGAAUUCCGUUACUGAAGGUGGCAGACUUCGGCUUCGCUCGCUCACUACCCAACGCGAUGAUGGCGGAGACACUGUGCGGUUCUCCGCUGUACAUGGCCCCCGAAAUACUCCGUUACGAGAAAUAUGACGCAAAGGCUGAUCUCUGGUCUGUUGGCGCGGUUCUCUAUGAGAUGGCAGUGGGGAAAGCGCCAUUUAGGGCUCAGAACCACAUGGAGUUGCUGAAGAAGAUCGAAAGCAAGGUGGUCACCUUUCCGGACGAAGACCCGAACUCACAAGCUGGCAAGAAUGGAGGUGGCGGAAGUGCAGAUCUGCCAGUCCCAGAGGAUAUCAAGGCGCUCAUUAGGAUGUUGCUCAAACGCAAACCCGUGGAAAGGGCUAGCUUUGAAGAGUUCUUUGCUAGUAAGGCCAUGGCAAAGUCCAAGUUUCCAAAGCCUCAGGAGUCACUACCAGAAGCUUUGGGAACAUCGUCGUGGAAUGGACGACCACCUACGCCAGAGCAUCACAAGGUGAUCCCUCCUGAGGUACUCGACCCUAAAGCAAUGAUUCCACCUAGUAAGUUUCACUUCCGGAAACCCUCGAACACGGAGGGUGUGAAGAACGGCGCUUCAUACCGGGAAAGCAGCCCAGCGAAGUCGCCAACUCCGCAGAUUAAGCGGCAGUCAGGGACCUCAGGCGGAACACGGAGGCAGCUAUCGACAGAAGGAUCCUUUAUCCCUGGAGAGACAGAGGAAGAUGGGAAUCUCAGACGGGAGUACGUCUUGGUUGGGGAACCACGAACCGUUGAGUUCAAUCGCGCAGUUGAUGAAAUCUCGGCACAACCUCGAAGACCCCUCCAAGACCGAAGAAUGCCUUCGACCACCGAUUAUACCACAGAAUACCCUUCCCCUACGACUCCAAACAACAUAACAUUCCCUCCUCCACCCAACGCUGUCGCCCCUUCUAUAUCCUCCUCUCCUUCAAGUAUGGCCUCCCGUGCUGCCACCAAUGCUCUUAACAGGGCACUGAGCAUUGCCUCAAAGAAGCUGUUUGGACACUCGACGGCAGGCAGAUCCCCUUCACGAGAUUACAAUACCAGCGCGCCGUCGUCGCCUCGAAGACCCAUUAUUGCGUUGGACGCAGAUGCCGAGCGAGAUCCUCUGGAAGACGAACUUUUAGCUUCAUUGGAAGAGUUGGCGCAGAAGACGGAUGUGCUGACCCACUGGGCGGAUGAAAUGUACGAUUACGUUAAGGCCAUUCCUCAGAAGCCGCUCCGCGAUCCAACCAAAUUUGAGAAGCGAGACGGCGAAGCAGAGAAGGAGGCCCGACGGCGCAAGCACGCGGACAUGGAGGCGGAGUACAACGCAGUGACAUGCGUGGCGGUGUACAUGCUGCUCAUGUCCUUCUCGCAGAAGGGCAUCGACAAGUUGCGCAACUUCCAAGAGCACAUGCACAUGCGUCAUCCGGAUGGGGACUUUGUGGUCAGCGAGGGCUUCGACGACGCGCUCAAUUGGUUCAAGGACCACUUCAUGAAGUGCAAUGACAGGGCAGAGCUGGUCAAGAUGUGGCUUCCUGUGACGUAUGACGGACCGAAGAGCUGGCUUGAUCAGCUCGUGUACGAUAGGGCGCUCAUGCUGAGCAGGACAGCUGCCCGAAAGGAGCUGCUCGACCAGAUGAAGAAGCCGGAUGAGUGCGAGAAGCUGUACGAGGAGUCGCUCUGGUGCCUGUAUGCGCUGCAGGACGACCUCCUACAGACGGGCAACCCAUUCAUGGACGAGGACCGCGAUACUAUCGCUACCUGGAUCAAGCGAACCAAGCUCCGUCUUGUGCGAUGCCGCGCAAGGAUGAACAUGAACCACCGCGAUAGGGUUAACGAUGCGCGUGCAGACCAGAACCUCGCAGAUGUAGCACGUAUCCCAGCCCCUUGGGAUGCGAAGCCCUCGCCCAAGAAUGCAGCAUCUCCCUCGUAA